AUCCAUCCAUUACGCUGCCGCCUGUUGCGCCAGCUGCCCCUUGUGUCCCUCGCCCGUCAGCUCAUGCUGCUGCUGCUGCUGCUGCUCAGAUGAUGGCCCCAUCGACCGCCGCCACAACUCGUUCUCACCAAACACACGCAUCAGAGGCAAAUCCCUGCACACACACCCAACACACACAAUGGUCCAUCAAACAAGGCCUUUGGGGCGGCCGCUCACCGUUUGUGUGCCUCGAGUGAGCUGAGUAUGUCGUGCCUGACGCCGAGUGCUUUGAGGUCGCACACCAUUGCGUGCCAGUCGACGCCCGAGAACUCAUCCCAGUGGUGCAGCGACCGACGGCCGACCGCAUUGGUGAGGGUGGAGUCGCGGUAGCCUGUGUGCUCAUCCACUCGACGCUGCGCACACCACACACACACAGAGGGAGGGAGGGAGGGAGGGAGGGAGACAUGGGUCGCUGCUGUGGCUGUGGCUGUGGCUGUGGCUGUGUGUGUGGGCGUGUGGGGGACUAUACCAUUGCUCGAGCGGCCCUUGCGUAGUCGACAGGUUCGAAGAGGUCGAGGUGUCUGUGCAUGAGCCGGUAGAGCACGUUGAAGGCAUGCGUGUCCCCCACACCACGGUCCACGAACACCUGUUGAUUGAUUUGAUGGAUCAACGGAUGACAUCAGACGAAGCCGGCCAAUGGUCUCUGUGUGUGUAUGUGUGUGUGUGUGUUGCUCACCUCUGUGAGUUUAGGGACGUCGAAUGUGGUCCGAUCGGAUGCAUCCACCGCCUUGACACGCUCUACCAGACCCUGUGUGUGGGGCCACACACACACACACACACACAGAGGCAUCCAUCCACUGGCCACCACCAGGUCACAUUCCCUCUCACCUGUAUCAGCUGCUUCUCGAGUUUGAGGUGUCUCCUGAAGUCAGGAUCGUCCCUGCAGUAGUACUUCUCGCCGCCGAACAACCCGCCGCCCAUCCAGCCCCCACCCCCACCCCCACCCCCGACCUCCAUCAACUGCCUCUCCGUGCUCUCUGUGCUCUCGGCGCCAUGCUCGCCCAAAUCAUCUGCUGUGUCCUCAACUGGCUGAUCCAAUGCCUCCUCCUGCUUGGGUUGGUCUGAUGGCUGUCCAUCUGCCUCUGCCUCUGCCUCUGCUGCCGUCUUGCUGCUCGUGCGGUCGUUGCGUGUCGGCUGCUGUGGUGGUGGUGGUGGUUGUUUGCCGUUGGCUUGUUGCUGCUGCUGCCGUUUGGCGUUUGGUGGUGUCCCUCUCCUGGUGUUGAUUUUGUGUAUGCGGUAGACGAAGGAUGCGCUGCGCUCGACGGUGUGCAGGUCCAUCAUGUCGGUGUGGUCGAUGAGGAACUCCAGACAGGCGUUGAACCUCUGGAGCACAGAGAGAGAGGGAGAGGGAGAGGGAGAGGUGACAGAGAGGUGAGGGGUGGGUGUGGUGUACCUUUCGUAUGUGUGGAAGGUAUGGCGGGAGGACGCGCGCAAUGCCCCAGCCGAUCUCGGCCACACUGACACACACACACACAGGGAGAUAGUAUGUGUGUGGGUGUGUGUGUAUGGGCUGACUGUCUGUCUGCCUUACUACUGACCAUCUUGGGGGGUAGUCGUACAUGUGCUGCGUCAUGUGUGCCAGCACCUGCACAACACAACACACACACCACCACACGCACAUACAAACAACCAAGCACACGUGUGUGUGGGCGUGAGUGUGGGUGUGUGCGUGUCACUCACUAUCUCGAAGAGGUAUAUGUCGUUGACUUUGUUCUUCCUGAAGGCCUCAAUCAUCUCCGCUAUGAUCGGCGGCGUCACACGACCUGCACGAACCACACACACACACACACAAACACCCCACACACAAUACACCACACACACUUUUCCCCUUCCCUCCCUCCCUCCCUCCCUGUCUGUCUGUCUGUCUGUUUCGCUGACCGGCAUUCCUGAGUAUGUGCGUGAGCUGCAUGGCGCACAUCUCAAAGAAGCCAAAGUCCAGGUACUUGGCCGUCGCAAACGCCCCAGCCACCUCGGCCAGCUGCGCAAUGCUCGGGCACAUCAAAGGCGACACCAAACUCUGCCGCGUGUCCUCGUCAAAGCUGCCCUCAAAGGCCUGCGUGGCCAAGCCGAUUCGCCGCUCGAUGUCCUGCGCCGCGAUCGCCAUGAAGCCGUAGUCGUGCACAUGGCACUCGGCGAAGGCACGCACCAUCUGGACCACCUCAGCCACGGGGGCGCUCUCAAUGUCGUCCGUGAAGUGCGUCCCCAGCUUGCGAAAGAGGUACUUGUCAUGCACACGGACUCUCGCAAAGGCCACGGCGAUCUGCACCAGCUGCUGGGUGGUGAAGAGGUGCGCCCGGGCAGCGAGAAUGGUCGACAGCUGCACGACGUAGUGGCCCGCACUGAGCAUGCCGAAGUACUUGGCCGCCCUCGGCAGGUUGAGGAACCUCCUCCUGAUCCGGAUGAUGCGCGUGGCGAUCAGGCGGAAUCGCCAGUCGGUCGGGUCGCAGCCGCCCACCUCCACCAGCCUCUUCAGCGCCUUGAAGUAGUGGUAGGGCCGCUUGUGCCGCCGAUGCCGGAAGUGCACCCAGGCAUCGAGCACCUCGCUGGCGUUGGUGGCGCGGGCGAUGCGUUUGGGCAGCUCCCACAUCCACCGGUGGCUCCGCUUCUGCACUGUGAAGAAGGGUUUGUAGUUGUAGACGAGCCGCUGGUUGUGCUCGAGGCCUGCCGGGCGGAGGUAGCGCUCGACGUAGCGGCUCCACCGGCCCUUGCCGAUCUUCUUGUGGAAGCGGUAGGUCACGGGAUCGUCGGCCUUCUGCGCACCCGAGCGGACCUGCCAUCGCUGCACAUACAAUCCCAAUCACAGACAGGCACUACACUGAUUGCAAUGAGUGAGAUCUGGACGCUGUUAUGCAACAUGUCGGAGAUGUGUUGUGUUGUGUCUGGUGUGCGCACCCGUUGCUGCAGCAGACAGCGGGGAGGCGGUGCGCAUGGGAGAGGGAGUGAAGUCAGUGCACAAGGGGCAGAAGCCGCUGAUAGUGACGAUGAAUUCCAAGAUCCCCUGUUGAUCGUUGUGCACGACAAGGGCAGCCUCGCACUCCGAAACGUUGCC